CCUUUCAUUGCGGUAAAUUGACGGAUACUUUGAUGAGAUCAAAUAACUACAAAAGUUUUCACUCAAAGAGCAAGAAGGAAUCAGUCAACUUGAAAGGAAGCAGUAUUGAAGGAACUGUGCAGCAAGUAUUAUUCGAAUCAAGAGAAACUCAAUAUUCAGUUCUUGAAGUGCUUGUACAUCGAAGUUCCUGCAAGGAGCUUGAAGGAGAAACAAUUCAGGUUGUAGGCCGUUUGGGUGCUCAAGCACGUCAGAACUUAAUAUCAGUCGAGGGAAACCUUACUGAAUCGGAAAGAUACGGGAGGCAGUUCAGAGUAAAAGAAAAAAGACUAAGGAAGAAAGGACUUACUGACCGAUUAAAAGAUAGCGAUUUGCGAGGAUAUUGCGGAAAAGAUACCGAAACUAUAGAGAUAAGGGUGGAAAGAAUACUCUUUACUUCAGGAAAUUCUUCACAAUACGCAGUUAUGCAGUGUGUCACGACAGAGUCCUUGGAAGACGUCUUCACAGUGGUUAGUUACUUUGGCCCUCUGACUCCAGGUUCCUCGGUUUCUAUAUGUGGAAAAUGGGUCCAUCAUGACAAGUAUGGUCUGCAGUUCCACGCAAAGAGCUGUCUGGAAGAACAGAAUUUGCAAUCUUUGAAGACAGAGCUGAAGAAAGACGAGUGGUUAUUGGAGACCAUUCAAAGCUAUUUGUCUUCUCACACUGUCCCAGGAAUAGGUCCAGUUUUGGCCAAAAGACUUUGCAGUUAUUUUGGAACGCGCAUCGAAGACGUUUUGGAACAAGGAGAUAUGGAAAAUUUGCUGCAAGUUCGAGGUUUGAGGCAAAAAAGUGCACGUGCUUUGAUAGAUCAUUUUCAGGAGAAAGGUAUCUUGAGAAGAGCUACUUUAGGUCUUAUGAAAUUGGGAUUUCCCUUGUCGUUGGUAUCUCGAAUAUUAUCGAGCUAUGGAAUUCAACGUUCUUUGUUUCUUGUCGAAAACGACCCAUAUGUAUUUGUUGAGGAUUUAAAAGGCGUCGGUUUUAAAAAGAUUGACCGGAUAGCUCGCUCAAUGAGUCCAAAAUUUGCUGUCAGUCGUUAUCGUGCAGCUAUCAAACUUGCCUUGCGUGCUGCAGUGAAGGAAGGUCAUUGCUUUCUUUAUUUAAGUGAAUGUGAUAGUAUCUCGAAACAAUAUGAAACGGAGCUUUCUCUGUCUUACCAAGUAAAAAAGCUUAUUACCGAUGACUUUGAAGAUGCACAAUUCGAUAAGAGUUUAUUUGUGGAAGCUCUGGAAGCGCUUGAGACGAGCAAUGCUAUCGUUUUACAUUCUACGUCUCAUGAGACUUGCGUAUAUUUGAAGAAAAUGUACGAUUACGAGUUUCAGUUAGGGGCGCUACUGAAAAGAUAUCGAGCUGGUUCCGGUCAUUCUCUACCCGAUUCUCUUCAUUUGGCUCAAGAAGGUAUGUCGUUAGAACAAGUGGCAGCAGUAAAGGAAGCAGUAUUUUCAGAUACGAGGUUGUGUAUUAUAACUGGUGGUCCUGGCUCGGGAAAGACAUAUACUGCUCGUCGUAUCGUUGAGUUAUGGAAAACUAAAUAUGGUUCGAAUAAUAUUGCACUUACUGCACCCACCGGAAGAGCUGCUGCGAGACUUGCAGAAUGUACAGGUUUAACCGCACAAACAAUUCAUCGUCUGUUGGAAUAUCAACCUAGAGGGGAACGUGGAGGCGUUUUCAAAAGAAACAAACGAAGACCUUUAGAUGUUGAUGCAGUAUUAGUUGAUGAAUUCAGCAUGGUUGAUAUCGAAAUGGCAUUUUCUUUAUUGAAUGCAUUGAAACCUGAUACCAAACUAGUUUUGAUUGGAGAUAUGUUUCAGUUGGCUAGUGUAGGGCCUGGUCAGGUACUGAAAGACAUUUGUAUGUCUAAUCAGUUUUGUAUUAUACACCUUACUAGCAACUUUCGUCAACAGAAGCAACGAAGCUCACUUAUAGAAACAGCAUCACAAAUACGAUUAGGUACAGUUCCCUAUUUGACAACAUUCUCUGCUUCUCAUAUCUGGGACAUGUACCAAUCAAAUUCACUUUCAACUUUCUUUUCACAAUUGCAAACAGACCUGAUUAUGAUUGAAGAAAAAGAUCCCUCAGGAGCAGUGGCAUUGUUACAUCCGUUAUUGGAUAAAGAUGUUUGGACUCAGAAUAAUGUCUCUCCCUAUCAUGAUAUACAAAUUAUAUCUCCAGGAACCAAAGGCUCUGUCGGAACCAUUCAAUUGAACCUCAGUUUGAAACAACAACUAAAUCCUCCGGAUCUUAAUCAUGAAGGACACAGCUUUGUUGUUGGGAACACUUCACUUACUCUACAUUUGGGAGAUAAAGUAUUUCAAAAAGUGAAUGACUAUAACCGAGACGUCUUUAAUGGCGAUAUCGGCGUUGUUGAAGGAUUUGAGAAGAAAUACUCACGUACAUCACAAGUUGUUGUUCAUGUCCGAUUUAUGGAUCGCAUUGUUUCCUAUUCGUCAGAAGAUGUUGUUUUCAAUUUAUCGCAUGCUUACGCGUUGACCGUACACAAAUCUCAGGGUUCCGAAUUUCCUGUUGUUUUUGUUGUUUUGUUUCCUAUGCACUACACACUAUUUAAUCGAAGUUUAUUGUAUACUGCAGUUACCAGAGCCAAAAAACUUUGUGUCGUCAUUGGAACGAAGAGGACACUAGCUAUCUGUGUAAAGCAAUCAAAGGAGUCACAAAGAAAUAGCAUGUUGCCCCAUUUCUUUUAAGGUAUCAACUCAUCAAGGCAUCGUAGUCGUAGAAUUUUCAUGGAAGCGUUCGUAAAGUUAUACUUAUAGCACUUAGACACUAAUGAAUUGCAUGAAGGAAACCCUAAAUUCCAGUAAAGAAGAACGGUUUUAC